AUGUCGUCAGAAAGAGUCGAAUGGGUGGAGAUCAUAGAACCGAAGACAAAGGAGCAUAUGUAUGCUAACCUAACAACUGGCGAAUGUGUAUGGGAUCCUCCUGAGGGUGUCAAAGUGAAAAGAACAGACUCUUCUCAAUGGUGGGAGUUGUUCGACAUCAACACUCAUAGAUUUUAUUAUUAUAAUGCAUCUACACAGACGACUGUGUGGCAUCGACCUACUGAUUGUGAUAUUAUUCCUUUAGCCAAAUUACAGACAUUAAAACAAAAUACAGAUCCUCAAAAAAGGCGAGAGACUUCAACACAAACAAGUCAAGCAACACCUCAGGUCCCACCAACAUUAGAACCCAUCAGUAGCAAUGGCAACAGUACGGCGGCGAGUGCCAGUAAACUUUCACCUAGCAAUGCCAAGAGCGUCACGAUCACACAAACCAGUCCCGUUCGCACGAGGAGAACGCAUUAUCAUCACAGGAACAGCGGCGAGAGCAGACGCGGACGGUUGAGUGAAGAUGGUACGGCGCCGUGUCGACACACGGACUCGGGCCGCUCGUCGGACAGCAGCAUUAGUAGCGCACAGAGACGUAAACAGCAGGAACUAAGCGGCGCCGUGUGCGUGAGCGCGUGCACGCCGCAAGUGCGCAAGCGCGGCAGCGCGCAGCCCGCGCACGAGCCGGACAAGUGGUCGCCGCAUUCUGGCUUAAACCGCAGCGGUAGCUUUAUAUCACCUAGAAAGGAUGCGUCCGACGAUUCUAUGCACGAAAAAUAUUUCAAAUCCGUUGAGAGUACACCAUUAACGAGACGUAAGUUAAAACAACAGUCCGCCGGAGGUUCGUCUUGCGACUCUGCGUCACCUCAGAGUCCCAGCAGUCCACUGCAAAAGCCACAGCCUACUCCAUUUUUGCAGGCGAGCGCGGCGCGGCCGUCGCUGGUGUCGUCCAUCUCGCUGGCGGCGGAGGGUGCGCGCGCGCUGCACUCGCUGGAGCGCCCGCACCACCUCUCGCGGCACGCCAGGGAGCGCUUCUCUGAUAGGCAUUUAGACAAGGAACGUUUGGCAGAAUUAGAGAGAAUGGAGCGGUACCCGGAGAAACAAGCGGUGUACAGUGUAGACAAGCCCUUCCGCCAGACCAGCCUUGAUUUACGUCAUAACGCCUCUAGCUGGCACCCGCCGAGGGAGUUUACUAGACGCCAACAAGCCGAGCCCGAGCGCUACACGUCCAGCAAGACGUCGGUGUCGUCGGGCGGCAGCGGCAAGCACCGCACGCCGCCGCACGAGCCCCACAACUUCAUGCGUCUAUCCUCUGCCAACGAUCAGGAUAAUAUAGCUGCUGUUAAUUUCAAGCUGAAGUGCGUGAAUCUCGAACCAACUCUAACAGAACCAAAUGUACAGAAACACAAUCAACGUCUAGACAAAUCUUCUACACCGCGGGAUCGAACCAAGUCACGUCGACAUAAGAGGCCGGUAGAAGAUGAGCCACAAAUAGACGGUGAAGACGACGAAGAAGAUGGGGGCGGGUCACCUCUAUAUUGCAAUUGGGAUCUGCGGGGCAUGCAGCACUUACUGCCUUUGCAAGAUUAUAUUAUACAGCAAGCGAAAUUAUCGAGUAGGGGACGUUAUAACGGCUCGGACUCGGACGCGGACUCCGCCACGUCGCGGUCCCGCUCGGGAUCCGAGUCCCGGUCCCUCUCCGGCCACGAGCCGGACAAUGAGUCGUCCGACGGCGGCGCGAGGACGCCCGACGACGACGACGGCUCGGGAGUGUACCUGCCCCAUACGUACGCCCAUCGGCCACAGGAUGUGGAAUACAUGAACCACGGUGUCUCCUACUAUAACACGUUUGUCGGCUUCGAGAGGGAUAUACAGCCGUCGCCUGGAAUACAUAGGACGUCGUCGCUGGGCGGCGGCGGCGGCGGCGGCGCGGGCGAGGCGGGCGCGCGCGACCCCGCGCUGUACAGCCCGGUGCGCGCGCACGCGCGGGCGCAGCCGCCGCCCGAGCAGGACAUCGAGAUAUUCGCCAAGGACAACCUUAAUUUCAACAAGGGGAUAUUUAGGAGGAAGGCGUCAGUCCGCGACAUGCUGUCGUGGACGUCGUCGUCCAUCAGCGCGCCGAUGGUGGGCGCGGAGUGGGACAAGGCGCACAAGAAGGCCGCCACCGACCUGUUCCGCCUCGUGCAGAUAUACAUGGGCGACCGCAAGGCGCGCCCCGGCAUGACGCUCAACUCCGUCGCGCAGGACAUACUGCACGCUACCUUCGGCAAUGAGAAGCUACGCGACGAGCUGUACGUGCAGCUGUGCCGACAGACGACGGAGAACCCGCUGCGCGACUCGCUGCUGCGCGGCUGGGAGCUGCUGGCCGUGUGCCUCGCCUUCGUGCCGCCCUCGCCCGCCUUCCAGCCCGCGCUCACCAACUACGUCAACCGGCACCGGGACCCGGCCUUCGCGGAUUGCUUCCCCGAGGUGGGAAAGUGGCCCAUCCACGUUCAAGUGUCGCACUACGCGAGCGUCGCGUGCAAGCGGCUGGAGAGGAUCGGCUUCGGGGGCAAGCGGCCGCCGCGGAAACCCAGCACCGAGGACAUCGACCAGGCGCGGAUCCAAAUCUUCCGUCAAUCGAUGUUCGGCAACACCCUCGCCGAGGUGAUGUCCCUGCAGCGCGAACGGUUCCCGCAGCGCGCCCUGCCGUGGGUGCAGACGGCGCUGUCGCAGCAGGUGCUGGCGCUCAGCGGCCGCGAGACCGAGGGCAUCUUCCGCGUGCCGGCCGACGUGGACGAGGUCAAUGCCCUCAAAGCCAAAAUUGAUAACUGGGAGCUACCUGAUGCUUCUAUGCUUACUGACGCGCACGCCCCCGCCAGCCUGCUCAAGCUGUGGUACCGCGAGCUGUACGAGCCGCUGAUCCCGGACGCGCUGUACGGCGCUUGCGUGGCCGCCGGCAGCGACUUCGCCGCGUGCACGCGAGCGCUGCAGCGGCUGCCGGCGCUUAAUAGAUUGGUACUUACAUAUUUAAUAAGCUUCCUCCAACAAUUCUCCGCGCCAGAAGUGGUGAGUCAGACCAAAAUGGACUCAUCCAACUUAGCAAUGGUCUUCGCACCGAACUGCCUCCGCUGCACGUCCCAGGACCCGCGGGUGAUCCUGGAGAACGCUCACAAGGAGAUGACCUUCCUCAAGACCCUCAUCACGAACCUCGACACAUCACACAUACAGGAUCUACUG